AUGGCUACUACGUUCACACCCCCUCCAGAUGCUCUGCCUCUCCCCGAAAUUCCUGACAACCUUACUAUCCCGCAAUUCAUAUUUGAUACUGCACAACCUACCCGUCCAGCUCGGCCAGACAGUGUACCUUGGCUCAUAGAAGAUCACUCUGGAAAGCGCAUUGGCCUGGAUGAACUUCGCCUCCGCACAACCGGCCUCGCAAAUGCUCUAAGUUUGAAAUGGGGCAUCCGCGAAGACAGCGUUGUCUGUUUAUUUAGCCCAAAUCACGUUGAUUACCCAGUCUGCGUCUGGGCCGCUCACACCCUCGGCGCGAUUGUUACUCCAGCCAACCCAUCGUAUACUGCACCAGAGCUUCUUUAUCAGCUCGCAACCGUGAAGGCUUCGAUAUUAUUGGUUGCCUCUGAAUCCUUGUCAACGGCUCUGUCUGCUGCAAGGCAGGCAGGCUUGUCGGAAGACCGCAUCAUCGUUAUUGAGCCAUCUUGCGGUUCCCGCUUUCACGGACGACACGAAACCUUAUCUAACCUCAUUGAUUUUGGCAAUGAAAAACCCCUGAACUUUAUCGAACGCAGACUCAAUCCUGGCGAGGCGAAGACAAAAAUCGCAUUCUACAGCUUUUCCAGCGGUACAACAGGUACCCCGAAGGCAGUGGUGAUUCCGCACUACUCGGUUAUCACGAAUAUCAUCCAAAAGGCUGCUCAUUAUCGUAUCACCGACCCGGCAUUCAGGGAAGAGAGGCAUAUGAAUCCUGGCGACGUCGCAUUGGCAGUCUUGCCAUUUUUCCACAUCUACGGGCUUGUAGUUGUGCUUCAUUAUAUGAUAUUUUCCGGCUGCUCGCUGGUCGUGAUUCCCAAGUUCAAUUUCACGGAAUUCCUCGAAAGCGUUGUCAAACAUAAAAUCACUCGCCUAUUCGUGGUCCCACCACAAAUUGUUCUGAUGUGCAAGCAUCCGGCGACGAAGAACUACGACCUUACGCAUGUCAAGUUGAUUGUGUCUGGGGCGGCACCGAUGUCGGGAAAGUUAAUGCAAUCACUAAGCAAGGUUUGUCCCAACGCAGUCAUUGGUCAAGGCUAUGGAAUGACCGAGACAUGUACGACUGUGUGCCAGAUAAGUGCAUCUCAGCGAAUGGGAGCUGUAGGUAGUGCUGGACAGCUCGUUCCCGGAAUAACCGCGCGUGUUGUUCGCGAGGACGGAACACUGUGCAAAGAGGGGGAACGAGGGGAGCUCAUGAUCACCGGCCCAUCCAUCCCGUUGGGGUACUUGAACAAUCCCAAAGCCACUCAAGAGACAUUCGUGGAUGGUUGGGUUCGAACAGGCGACGAGGUCGUCAUCAAGGACUAUGAAAUCUACAUCGUCGAUCGGAUAAAAGAGUUGAUCAAGGUGAAGGGAAAUCAAGUUAGCCCAGCCGACCUUGAAGGACAUCUCCUUCUCCAUCCAGCCGUCGCCGACUGCUGUGUCGUCAGUCUACUCGACGAAUAUAACGGCGAAGCACCUAUGGCGUAUGUCGUGCUUCGCGAAGACGCGAAAAGGCGCCUCGCAGGCAAUCAGCAGGCUGAAGAGACAUUGCAGAAUGUUUUGAAAAAGCAUGUUGCUGACCACAAAAUUGCGUACAAACAUUUGACGGGAGGAGUUGUGUUUGUUGACGCGAUUCCGAAGAAUCCGUCUGGCAAGAUCCUGCGGCGCGUGCUCCGAGACGAGGCUAGGAGAAAGUAUACUGUAAAAUCCCGUCUUUAG